AUGAUAGCUACCCCAGGAGGAUAUUUUCUAGAAACCGUGGCUGAAACCUCCGAGGCCACGGACGAACGUAUGAUAACGUCAGACGGUGAAAGGGCAGGAAGCCGAAACCCCCUACUCCAGGGAGGACCCUCUACACAAACUAGGCGAACGAGUAAACGCCCUACUCAAGGCCAGUUUACGAGGCAACUACAGGGGUUUUUGGAUCUCCAUGCUGCACAGAUGAGGUAUCUUAAUUCUGGAGGACAAGAACAAGUACGGGAAAGUGAGCAGGCCCUAGACAGUAAGGCACGAAAGGAAGCCAUUGCAGCGAGACAACACCUCGAAAUGCUCUUUGAGCUUAUCGCCAGUGUCCGACAAGAACAAGAAGUUACGCGAGCUGCGGACCAUCAGGUUCUGGAACGCAGCCAUCAGGGUACCCAGAACCAGCUGAAGGAGGCGGAACGACAGCUAAAGAAAAUAAGGGAGGAACGCGAGCAAGAGACAAGGGAGCAACGAGAGCUAUGGAGGAGCAGGAAGCAACCAGAAGGAGCUGUCCCAGUGGGAGGGAAUGGCGGAAAGCAACCUCCCCGGAAUCCAUCAAAGGGAAACCUUGGAGGAGACCCAGAACCUUCCGACGACGAUGACGAUGACAAUAGUGAAUGGUCGCACGGCAGGAAGAACAGGAGAGUGAAUAAGGGCGGUGUCCGGAAUCUGGCGCCACCUGGGGAUGAAGAUAUGGUAGAUUCGCUUGCUAAAAUUCCCUUUGAGUUUCACAAUACCCGGAAACACAACCUGCGGCAUUGGCUCAUGGAGUGCGAAAUCUAUUUCGAACAGAAGCCGAAAAAGUUCCGUACGGAUAGGAACAAAGUACUGUUCGCAGGAACGUAUACGAGUGGGUUGGCAAAGGAAUGGUUCAUGGAAUACAUCGAAACCAAAAUGUUGGGCCCGGUAGCGGCAGACUACGCCACUUGGGCUCGGUUCCGUCAGGAGGUCAUGAAACGCUUCCUAAGCACUCAGGAAGCCAUGGAGAACGCAGUGAAGAUGCAGCAGUUUAAGUACUCUGCCAACAUCGGGCAUCCUACCGCGCCCUUUGCUCCAAGUGCUACCGAACGAAAUCCAGGAGCGCCACUUACGGCUCACGAGUCUUACCAGGAGCAAAUGAAUAUGUUGGCGAAGGCGGAGUCGAAAGGAAAAGAGUCGAAUAAUGAUGGGAGCUCGCGGCAGAAGGAUAAGGGGUUUAAGAUCAAAGGGAGGGCUCAAAGUGAGGAGAAAGAAAAAGGACGAGCAAAGAAGAACACCAGCACGGACAAGUUGGGGAAUAAGCCAGUAUUCCACGAAUAUGACGAAGCCACCAAAGGAGGUCAUCUCUGGAAAUGGUGUCGCUCGGAUGCUAACAGUAGUGUAUCCAUCUCCUCCUUCUCCCGAAAGCGUACCCGCGAUGACGACGGUGACGACGAUAUGGAGCCAGCGGAACCCCAACCUCAGAGAAAGCGAAUGCGGCACCGUGCAAGGAAGCCGGCUGCUGCGGAGUACACCAGUGGACAAGCGUUUGUGCGAGAACACAGGUCGGAAUCUGAAAUGGAUUUCGAUAUGGGUUUUCAGAAGGGGACUAGUAUAACGGAGCCAUUUCAACUGUCUGGUGUAUGA